CUCUGACUGAUACUGAUAAAGAAGCUUUCUUCGUUGUUGUCGCCCAUUCUCCCCUCCACCCCUUAAUUCAGGAUGUCGACGUCUCGUGUUGGUUUCCGCUUUUUCCAGAACUCCCGUGCGGCCUUCCGCGAGGCCUUUCGCCGGCCUGGUGCCCAGGGACGCCGCUUCCAGACUUCCGAUGCUGCUUCCGCUCAGCAACAGAGCACGUUCCAGCGUCUAUGGAACAGCCCUGUUGGCGUGAAGACGGUUCACUUCUGGGCCCCUGUUAUGAAGUGGGCACUCGUCGUCGCCGGUAUCUCCGAUUUCCAGCGUCCCGCUGAGAAGCUCUCCUUGACCCAGAACGGUGCGCUUAUGGCCACCGGUGCCAUCUGGACCCGCUGGUGCAUGAUCAUCAAGCCUAAGAACUACCUCCUCGCCGCCGUCAACUUCUUCCUCGGAUGCGUUGGUGUUAUCCAGGUUUCCCGUAUCUACAACUACCACCGCAGCCUUGAUGGCUCGUCAAAAGAGGCCGUGAAGGACAUGGAGCACGAACUUGCUGGGGAUGCGAAGGCUGUGGUUUCUAGUGCCAAGGAGGCCGUGAAGAAGCACGAUUAAAUAUAGAUUAUGGUAGAGGAUACCAGGACCGUCUAGCGGACAUGUCAACCACCAAUUCACACAAACAUUUGUAUAUCUGAACGAUGGUAUCUCAAAACUCUAGUAUAUUGGAGCUUAUUAAGAUUUUAAAGUCAUUAUAAUCAUUAAGAUCACGGAGCAUUGAUUCUAGUUCGACCGGC